UUGGAAAGUUUCAAACCCAGACCGUUUCACAUUGGUUCGCUGAUGCUGAAUAAAAUAAAGCUCUGCAUAUAGAAAUAAGGCAACAAAGACGCCCUCUUUGCUCUUUUCUUUGUAUCAUCCUUCUCUUUGUUUCAGCCGCCAUGGUGGACCUGUCUUUGAGUCUUGCUUCUUGUUGAUAACUACGCACGCUUGGGAUUGGGAUAGGGAGAUUAGAGGAUGAAAAACAUGUUUGAAUUUCGGACACUUGGCCGUGCCAAGACGCCUAUCUUCUCCACCAUUUCAUGUGCAGCAGCUUUCAUGCUUUUGAUUUUUGCAGAUAGUUUCAUAUACAAUCUUUCUCUCCAUUCUAUUGCCUUUGGAACUCAGGAGAAUUUUCCGGUUGUAUACAAUAGAGAAACCGGGGGGGCACGGCAAAUACCACUGAAUUCCGUGAAAGAAGAGGUUGAGAGAGAUUACAGUGAAGAUCAGAGGAAUUUUAAUCCUCCAAUCAAUGUCACGGAGGAGGAAAGGAUAGCGUGGUUUCGGACGGUACUUCCAGAGUUUGAGAUAUUCAAGUCAACGAGACUGACACAGCAAUUUGAAGGCCGUGUCCGGAGUUUUUUCAACGGCAAGUGUGAGGUUCGGUUCUUCAUGACGUGGAUUUCCCCAGCGGAGUCUUUCGGAAGAAGGGAGUUUAUUGCCAUGGACAGUCUCUUCAAAGCCCAUCCUCAUGGAUGCUUGACGAUUCUAUCACCAACGUUGGAUUCCAGGCUAGGGGAUAGAAUCCUAAAACCUCUCCAAGAUCGAGAGUUUCGAGUGCUUGCAGUCGCACCAGACGCGUCUUUUCUGUUCAAGGACACCCCGGCUGAAGCUUGGUUUGUUGAGAUGAAGAGCGGGAACAAGGACCCCGGUGAGAUACCAUUAGCUCAGAAUUUAUCCAAUCUGCUCAGACUCGCAGUUCUGUACAAGUAUGGAGGUGUUUACUUGGACACCGAUUUCAUCAUACUGAACAAGUUUUCCAGUUUGAGAAAUACAAUUGGAGCACAGAGCAUUGAUCCAGUGUCUGGGAACUGGUCCAGAUUGAAUAAUGCGGUUCUGAUCUUUGACAAGAAUCAUCCACUGGUAUACAAGUUCAUAGAGGAGUUUGCCUUGACUUUUGAUGGGAACAAAUGGGGGCAUAAUGGACCCUACCUGGUUUCUAGAGUCGUCAACAGAGUGGCCAGAAGGCCCGGGUAUAACUUUACUGUGUUGCCUCCAAUGGCUUUCUACCCUGUGGAUUGGAACCGGAUUGGAGAUUAUUUUCCGCGACCGAAGGAUCAGGUCACUUCAAAAUGGUUGGAAACGAAGUUGCUGCAGCUAGGCAAGGAGGCUUAUGGUGUGCACCUAUGGAACAAACAAAGUAGCAAAUUGAAAAUUGAGCCAGGAAGCAUCAUAGCCAGAUUAAUUUUGGAUCACUGUUCCAUUUGCGAGCAUGUAUAUACUUCUUAAAGGGGAUGCCUUUCGGCUAAAUGGAACUACCUGUGGCAAAGCCACAAACGGAGAAGAAUUAAUGGGCGCCUCUUACUGAGAUAAGAAUCAGAUCUCUCUGUUGCUCAAUAAGCUCCUGGUUCUAGAUUGUAAUUUUUUUUUCCCCACGAGACCAUUGUUAUUAUUAUUAUUAUUAGUAGUAGUAGUAUUUUGUUUC